AGCCUGCCAGCGCUUCCCAUCCAUCAGCCCCGUGUCAGGUGCAGUGGAGUCCCACUCACAGGCCUUCCUGCUCGCAGCUACCAGGAAGCUGCUGCAGGCGUUACCAGCUCCUGAGAAGAGCUUGAAGAUGGGGCAACGACAGGUGGAGGAGAGGCUUGCCGAGUUCAACAAGGAAUUCGAGUCGCUCUCUCUGCAGCAGCUCUCCUGGCCAAUAGUGGACGACGAUUGCCGUGUGGCGAUGCGGAAGAGAUGGGCUGCACACAUUGUAUCCAUCUACAGCGAUUUUGUUGACCCUCAUAU